AUGACGAGCACGCUCCCGCCCUUGGUACAAGCAUUCUCUGGCGCCAUAGGAAGCGCCUCUGCCAACACUCUCACCUACCCGCUCGACCUGGCGACCACCCGCCUCCAACUUUACCCUGCAGAGAAAGCAAAAACCUCAGGCGGGCUACGUGGGGCUUUCCGCAUCUUGCUCAAGGCCACACGCCGAAAUGGAUUGCAAAGUCUCUAUAAUGGACUUGCGACAGACACUGGCGCUACUCUGCUGUCUAAUUUCUUCUACUUUUAUUUCUAUGCGUUCUUGCGCUAUCUGUCGACCCGUCGAAAGCUUUCGUUGGUACCCAAAGCCGGCCAGCCAUCCCGUCCACACAAGCCCAGUCUGGGGGAAGAGAUUCUCCUCGGAUUCGUCGCUGGUGUUGCGUCUCGUGCAGUUUCAACACCACUGAACAUCAUUACGACGCGAUUGCAACUGGAGACGGACUCUGAUGAAGACGAGGUGUCGGAAGCCUCGCAGGACGUCACAACUAUUGUCAACAGAAUCUAUCGCGAGCAAGGUCUCGCGGGAUUUUGGCGGGGGUUCAAAACGACACUGUUGUUGUGCAUAAACCCAGCACUAACGCUCGGGCUCUUCCAGCUAUUCCGCCGCCUCGUCGCUCGUACCAACGGCGGACACGAGCCAAAUCCACGUCAAGCGUUUCUCGGCGCAGCAGUGGCCAAUUCGCUAGCAACUAGUCUAAUGUAUCCGCUCAUCUUGGCGAAAACGCGUCUCCAUGCGACUUCUGCCACUUCUCUGAGUCAAGUGCUGCGCGACGCAUAUGCGGGACGCAGCCGGUCUAGCCUGCCGACGACGGCAACCAGAGCAAGUGUCGGGGGCCUCUAUCAAGGUCUGGAGAUGCAGAUCGUCAAAGGGUUUUUGAGCCAGGGAGUGACUUUUCUGGUUAAAGGACGUAUCGAAGAACUCAUCGUCUGGGUUUACACUCGGCAAUAG